UCCUUCUUGUGGUCGGAAUAGAGUUCCAUGAUUGAAAAUAAUUUGCCAUCAAUUACAGUUCCAUGGUUGCAAAUUAUUUGCCAUCAAUUACCUUCAUCUCUUUUAGAUCCGAUGCCGCGCGGUAUACGAACAAGCCGGUUUCCUACUCGCUCAAGAGGUCUCCUUUGCGACCAAAGUCGAGACUGAUCUUCCAAAAGUUUGCGUCCACGAAAAGGCUGUUGUCCUGGGAUGCAUGUCGGGCCAAACCUUGUAGUCUCCCCAAUUUAUUGAGACCAAAGAGAAAAAAUAUGAAUUGGCCCUAUGGUUAGACUUCAAUCACCAUUUCCAAUGUAAAAUGAUCUGCGACAGGAAGCCCCGAAAUAGUUCAUAUAAAAGCCACUUUUUUCCCUCAUUCCCCCGAUUGGAUCUUCUUAACGAUAUCUUCUCGUGGUGCGACCUUCUCCCUCAUAGGCCCACCAAAGCAAGUCCUUUACAAGCGUAUUCGCCCUUUCGCUUUCUUUCUCUUCUUCUUCAAGGAUCAUCAAAAUAGGGCAAAGUUCCAGAACUCCGUCAACGUCCGUCAAGAUGAUUUCCAACUCCACCCCUUUCACGCACUUUCGGGUUCCCAGCUGAAGGAACUUCUCCUCGCAAAAGACGGUUCGAGUGGCGUGACUACCUCGAACGACCUUUCAUGCGAGCGAUUGCCGUUAGAAGAGGACACCGAAAAGAGGAGCUAGCUCGAGGAACUCGGAGAUGCUGAUGGUGACCAAAAGAUGCCCAAAGGCAUUGCCCACAAUUCGUUUGCUAUCGUCAGAUCUGACUGUUACUUUUUUCUGUGACGUGAAAUUUGAGACAUUCGGUUCGAACCUGGACGGUUGGGUUGGAAACUUAUUUGGCACAAGUUGGAACGAGCAUGGAAAACCGUCUCUUCCCUUGACAAAAUGUGUUACAAGUGUCAGGCAGAUCUCGGUGGUUAUUCCCAGUAAGCUUGUGGAACAAUUUCUCGGCUUUUCCGCCUGAAUAAAGCCUAUCAAAAGAAGCGUUGGAACAAAAAGGCCAAGAAAAACAGACGGAAAAACAACAACGGAAACGAACGAACGAACGAGAGGGGUGAAAAAAAAGGUGGUGAACAAGAAAUUUGGACAAAUUGUGGGGUGUGAGGAUAAAUCCAAAUUGGCUUCAUUAGGGAACACCCACAGACCAAAAAAUGGAUCUUCUCUUGUUCUUGUUGUGUCUUUGCACCUUUCAAGUGACAGAGUCGGUGAAGAUCCGCAUCUUGGAUGUGCCUCAAGUGGCUCAAGCUGGACACGAUGUUCCACUCACCUGUGAUUAUGACCUUGAGCGACAGAGAUUGUAUCAGAUCAAGUGGUAUAAAGGCACCCAUGAGUUCUACAGAUACACACCCUUGGAUCGAGAGCGAAUCAAGUUGUUCUUAGUCGAGAAUAUGCAUGUGGACGUCCAACGAUCUGAUGACAGAACGGUGGUUUUGAAUAAUCUCCAUGUUGAUAUGACGGGGAAAUACACAUGUGAAGUGUCUACCGAGGGCAUUUUCGAGACAGUUCAAGGAAAUGCGGGAAUGACGGUUGUUGCUUUUCCACGUGGUGGUCCUCAUAUUCAGGGAGUUCCAAACGAAGAAGUCCAAAUAGGGGAUGAACUCCUAAUCAAUUGUACUUCGCUCAAAUCAAAACCAGCGGCUAUCCUUAAUUUCUUUAUCAACAACAACAAGGUGAGUCAUCGAAGAGGAAUCUCCUUGCGACAGUUUCUCAUUGUGAACGAAGAGGACACGCCACAAACAGAGUCUUCCAUCUUAUCGAUGAAAUUUCACGUGAGGAAAAAUCACGUCCGCCAGGGUCGCAUCUUAAUUAGGUGUGAAGCCACAAUCCUCAAUGCCUACAGGGGAGACAAGACCAAAGAGAUCUUCGUUCGAACUCAUCAAGCGGCCAAUCUAUCAAACAACAAAUACUCCUCAAUAGCAUCGAAAGUAUCCAUUGCGGCCACCUUGAGUUGGCUCAUUAAUCUAUUGGUGCUUAUUGGAUUAACGUAAAGUAAGGGAGGCAGUCAUAGAUAUAGGUUGUAUUAUAUCUAUGAACGGGUGCGUCAUUGCAACGCGCCUCCAGCAUGAAUAAUGUCAUUCCACUCCUCAUUUCUUUGAUAUGUUCAAAGUCCCCCCCCAAUAAUUGAUUAUUUGAUUCAUAAAACCUCUAACCUCCGUUUUCGUUAUUGAAUUGUCUGAAAUAAAAUAUUGCCUACGAAGGUUUGGCCGU